GUGGUAUCAUUGAAAAUCCUACCACAUCUCCUUAUUUUUGUUUUAUAUAAAAUGGAUUAAUCAAGCUUGUAUAAGUAACUUUUUAAGAUACUUUGAAUAUGGAGUGUUAUUCUUCAUAAUUUAUAACAGUAAUGUUAUGCUGUUAACAUUGCUGUAUUGCGAUUUAGCACCAGAAUUUCAAGUUUAUCGUUUAAACGUCGUGUUUAAUUACGUGCACUUGGUACCGAUAAAGCUAUCGUUUAUAAUUGUACAACAAUGCAAUACUAGAUAAGCUUUAAGAUAUAACUUUUUUUGCAAAAUGAAGGUUCUUGUUGUCUUAUUUGUUUACAUUGUGUCAUGUCAUUGUAAACCAUUCGUCAAUGCUGACAAGAAAUAUCAAGUUGGAAAAGGAGAGGAAAGUGUUUCACGAUUUAAGUCUUUACUAAAAUUAGAUACACUGCUUGGUGUGAAAGAGACAAGAACUGGAAAGAGAAAAGUGUCUUUCAACAGAGAAUACAAACAGGAUGCCGAAAUAAUGGACUCAAAUGGCAAAAAUCUAAAUGUACCAAAAUAUAACGACACUUUGCAGUAUAAACAAUCAAAUGGUUUUGUUGGAAAAGACAAGCCUGGAAUUAAACAGAUUCGUGUGAUUGGUGUUAAUAAUACUUUAACAGACAAAGACAAAGAUGUGACCAAUUCUAAACUGGACAAGAUAUUGAACAUGAUGUCAGAUAACUGGGAUGUUGUGUCCUGGGAGAGGUCCAUGCUGACAGAGAUUGCACAGACAAUGUCGUACCUGUUUAAUGAGCUCAGAGGACAGGAAAAACGAAUCAAACGGCUCAAUAGAAACGUCAAAAAUAGUUUGAAAUUUUUAUUAGAUGGAAAGGAUAUCGGUCAAAUUCUGAAAAAAAGAAAAAUAGAUAUGAACUAACUGAUCUAAAGGUAAUCAUGAUGCUAAAAACAAAGACUCAGUAUGAAAUGACAGUUGUUGUGACACUUGGCAAAGGAACAAUGAUGUAUCAACAAUAUUAUCUAAAACUUUGUCAUAUUUUGUACAUAAUUAUGUAAAUAUGUUAAAGUAAAUUCCGCGUUUAGAAAAUUCAUUUAUCUAAACUGCAGCUUUGUGUA